GCUAAUAUAGGAGGGAGGUUACAUCCGGAGACCGAUAGUUGACUGUACGGCCCAUAAAAAAAGUCUAAACCGGAUCUCGUCGGAGUAUUAGAGAUUUGGGGACCUUAAUAAUUGUUCUCAGCAGAAUUAGCUGCCGGAGAUGGCACAGGAUCAGGGAGAGGCGGUCGCCAUAGACAUCAGCGAUGCCGUGCUGAGCUCCGUCAGGUUGAAAAUCAACGCCUUAAACCGCCACCCGAUGGCGCCGGAGAGCUUCGCCAUCUUCCGUGUCCCUGCCUACAUUCGUCAACGCAACCAACACCUGUACGAGCCCCGAAUGGUCUCCGUCGGCCCGUAUGGUCGCGGUGACCGCCCCGUCCUUCGCACCAUGGAGCAGCACAAGUGGCGCUACCUACAGGACUUCCUCUCCCGCAACCCCUACAGCCGCAUCGACGACUACAUAGCCGUGAUCAGGGAGCUGGAGCCUCGGGCGCGGCAGCGCUACUUCGAGCCCGUCGAGCUCAGCGCCGAUGAGUUCGUGGAGAUGCUGCUCCUCGACGGGUGCUUCGUCCUCGAGUUCAUCAUCAAAUGGAGCCAAGGGGACGACGACAGCGUCUGCACCACGGGAUGGAGCUUGCCGCUCGUGUGCGGCGACCUGCUCCUGCUCGAGAACCAGAUCCCCCUCUUCGUGCUCGAGAAGCUGUUCGAGCUCGUCACCUUCACCAUGGGCGACAAUGUACCAACUCUGAUGGAGCUUCUCGUGAACUACCUCGCGAGCGAAAACAUCGAGAGCCCCGAGGAAGAGAUGCUGGACAGUCGCGUCUCCACCAACGCUUCGGUGCACGGCGAAGCCAAAGAUUUCCACCACCUGUUGCAUCUCUACUACCGUUGCUACGUCCUGAGACCGCGAACGGACCCGACGGGGAGCACCAUCUGCGGUACUAUUCUCAAAUGGUUAAAGCCAAGUAAGAUUUGUGCCUCGCUCCUCUCUUAUCUCCGAUUUAAGAAUGACGAAUGGCACGCUCCGGCGGGUAAGAAAAGAUCGCCGAAUACAAUUCCAUCCGCUACCGUGCUCCUGCAGGCCGGAGUGACAUUUAGGAAGAAGAAUCAUUAUCAUCACCAUCAUCCUGGUUCUUUCCUAGAUGUCACAUUUCACGGCGGCGUGCUCGAGAUCCCUUUCCUCUCCGUGAACAACUCCACCUUAUCUCUGUUCACAAACCUCGUGGCCUUCGAGCAGUGCAGCGGGUGUCAGCCGGAGGAGGCUUACAUGACGAGCUACGCCACGUUCAUGAACUGCAUCAUCGACACGCCAAGAGACGUCACGAUACUCCAGCAGAGCGGAAUCCUCGAGAACCAGCUGGCGAGCGACAUGGAUCUGGCGGUCUUCUUCAACGAGUUCUCCAACUGUCCCGCCAUGUAUUACAAGCAGCACUACCUCGCCGGAUUGUUCCGGGAGGUGCGGAAGUACUGCAAUUCCGAUUGGAACAAGUGGAAGGCCAAGCUGGUCAGGGACUAUUUCACCUACCCAUGGCCCAUCCUUUCUCUGUCCGCAGCAGCCGUCAUUCUUAUUUCCACCUUAGUGCAAACCUUCUUCGCAGUCUACUCUUACUAUCAUCCUAGGAAGUAGUUAAGUCGGUCCGAACAGACAAUGGAUGCCUGUAAAUUGGUGUGAGGCCCUCACAUCAAGACAUAGUAUGGAGUAGUUCUUUUCACCUGCUUUGUAAAACUUAAAAUUAGACAUGUAGUUCUCUGUCGAAUCCUUUUCUAUGAACUACAUGAAAGUUGUCCUUCACUUGGAUCACUUUGGUUGUUAGUUGUUAUUGUAUAUCAUGCAGCUAUUUAAGUAUUGUUUACUGAAUAA